GAUGGCGUCAAAAAAAAAUCAAGCUUUCUGAAAAUUUGUUGAUAAAACUGAUACUAUAAUAUUAAUUCGAAUAAACGGUUUUAAUGACUUGUUAUAUAAUGUAUUUUACAACAUAAGCCUUCAGAGCUAUGGAUUUAUAAGAAAGAAUUUAUAAAUCUGUGUUUUAGGAUGUGAAAUAUCAUCAACAAAAUAAAAUGACAACAGCUGGAUCAACAAAUGUCAGCAGUCCGAGUUUAUCAAAAAUUCGGGGACCCGGCCGGCCGUCUAAAAAAGGUGCAUCGGCGUGUACAUGGUGCGGUGAAAGCAAAUUACCAUUAAAAUAUGUAUUUCCCACACAAAAUGGGAAAAAGGAAUUUUGCUCGGAGACCUGCAUUGCAGAAUUCAGGAAGGCUUAUAGCAAGGGAGCCUGCCUACAAUGUGAUAAUGUAAUCCGAGGAAACUCAUCUACCAGUCGAGAGUUUUGUUCUACCUUUUGUAUGAACAAAUAUCAAAAAAAGAAUGAUAAGAAUCUCAUAAAUUUACCCGUUACGAGUACUCAUUUAAAUAACACAGAAUCUGUAUCAAAUGUGUUACCUCCCUCGGCUGGGCCAUUUCAGUAUGAAUCAUUUCAGACUUUUGAUUGGAGUGAGUACCUGCGUGAAACAGGUAGUGAAGCAGCACCCCAGGAAUGUUUUAAGCAAGCACUUGUACCUCCUCAUAAUGAUUUUAAACCUAACAUGAAACUAGAAGCUUUAGAUCCCAGAAAUUUAACAUCUACAUGCAUUGGCACAGUGAUAAAUGUUUUAGGGCCAAGAUUGCGUUUGCGAUUAGAUGGCAGUGACAACAAAAAUGACUUUUGGAGGCUAGUUGAUUCUGGUGAAAUUCAUCCGAUAGGCCAUUGUGAAAAGUCUGGUGGAAUGUUACAACCACCACUUGGAUUUCGAAUGAAUGCAAGUAGUUGGCCAAUGUUUUUACUCAAAACACUCAAUGGUGCUGAAAUGGCACCAAGCAAAAUAUUUCAAAAAGAACCUCCAUCACCUCCUGGUAAUCUUUUUCAAGUUGGUCAGAAAUUAGAAGCCGUUGACAAGAAGAAUCCUCAAUUGAUAUGCACUGCGACAGUAGGUGCAGUAAAACAAGACCAGAUACAUGUCACAUUUGAUGGAUGGAGAGGAGCAUUCGAUUAUUGGUGCAGAUAUGAUUCUCGUGAUAUUUUUCCUGUGGGAUGGUGUGCUAAGUCUGGACACCCUAUGCAGCCUCCAGGACAGAAGACACCACAAGGAACCUCCAGAUUUAAGCCGAGAAUGACCAUAAGUGUCCUAGAGCCUGACACAUCUGUGAAUCAAAUGCCGAUUAAUAUUUAUGUUCAUAAAAGCUGUAACGGUGGUCCACUAAUAACAGCUAAUCAUUUAGAACCAACAUACACAGCAACAUCUAUUCGUAAUGUAAUUAAGUUAUGUCUACAAGGUUUAAUCCAUGCAAGUGUCGAGAGCAGGCAAUUAAUAAAUCUUUUUAACACUGUGUUACAUGGUGAUGAAUCUAUAUUAACAGUGGACUCAAAAACUUAUACAAUUAAAUUACAAGAUAUUGAUAAACUUACUGAAUUAUCACAGUAUCUAGAAAAUCUAUGUAAAUCAUUAGGAGCAUGUACUAAUCUUCUACGAAUUGAGACUUUAGUAGGAGAUUGUGCUAAAUGCACGCCGAUUGGACAUUCAGAAAUUGAUUCAAAGGAAACUUUGAAAAGACCUAUUAAACCAGAAAGCCCUACAUGUAGUUCAAGCCCUCCUGUUAAAAAACCAGUGUUGACUGAAACAGAAGCACCGACAUCAACAACUUCUAGUGAAAGCGGUCAACUAGUCUCUUUGGUUCAACCAGUUGUGCAACCAAAAACUCCAACAAGCGAAUGGAGCAUCGAAGAUGUUAUAAAUCAUAUAGCGGCUACUGACCCAGCCUUAGCAGUACAUGCUGACCUGUUUCGUAAACAUGAAAUUGAUGGUAAAGCCUUGCUGCUAUUAAAUUCCGAUAUGAUGAUGAAAUACAUGGGACUUAAGCUUGGGCCAGCUCUAAAAAUUUGUGCUAUAGUGACUCGUAUUAAAGGAGGAAGAAGGCAUAAUAUGGCUUUGUAAUUAUGAUGUAAAUGAUAUAUAUGGCUUAGAGACAAACGGAUUGUAAAUAUUCCUAUGAUUUGUGAUUUUGUAAUAUAAAUUUUUAAUUAACUAUAGUUGUAUGUAUUUUAAGUAAGUUUUAUUUUAUUAAUUAUAAAGGUUAACAUGUGAGUAUGCCCAGUAGUUCAAUAUUAUUGAAACGAAUUUA